CUCAGGAGAAAUAUGUCAAACUGGUUACAACGCGUUGGCGAUCUAUCCGGGACCGCUUCAGGAGGGAUUACAACAAGGAGGUUCAGGCCCCGAGUGGCUCCGGAGGAACCUCAGGGGCCACCUACAUCCAUACGGCGGCCCUGGGGUUCCUACGAAAGGCAAUGGCACCAAAAAGAAGUGCCAGCAGAACUCGGGAGCCUGACCAACCUCCUGAGGCGGAACCGGAACAGAUCGCCAUCACCAGCCCUCCUGUCCCUCAUGUAUCGGCUCAGGAUAAUCCGGGUCCCUCCGCUCAACAGAGGCUCUUAGGUUUUCGUCAAAAUUUGAGAGCCCUGGUGAGCAGGCAGAGAUCCAGUAGGCCAAAUCGAGCCGAUUAUGCGAACCUUGUAGAAGUCGUUUCCGACGCUCUAGAAGGUUUUGCCCAACAUCAGAUGGAGUUUGGUGCUGACUUGAUUCGCCGCUGGGAGGGGGCGGAGUCGGCGUUUCAACGCAGCCCAAACUACAAUUAUGGGCUAAGCAUGGUCAGUUUGAUGGACUCAAUGACGCCCGAGCAGUUGCAUGAGUUUAAGAUCAUGCUAGAGAACGGGUCAUGGGAAAUCAUGCACCACCCCCAUCCCACACGAGUGGCCAGUACCGCCAACCUUUCCCUUCCCACCCCCCCGAGCAUGUGUUUCCUUCUGCUUCUUUUUCUUCUCCUGCCCCGUAUUUUCCUCCUACUUCUUUUCAACCUCCCUCCACCUCUACACAUGCUCGGGUCCUCUCCUCCUCAGACCCUUCCUUUCUCCACACCCCGCAAUUACGCCCUGCAUCCUUUCCUGUGGCCCGGAACCUUGGCAAUAUAG